CCCACCAUCAAGUGCAUCACACAUUCCACUUUUGCAGGUCCACAGGCAGCCGACAGCUUGCGACGGCCUCGUUUCCAGGCAAGCAAGACACCCGGUGCAGUCCAUACAGAGCAGCACUGGACCCAUCUGUCGCAACACCCGCCUCACGCACGUCACCCGAAGCCACGAGCACAGCUUCUCCAUCCAGCGCGCCUGAGCAUCAUCGACACCACACCCGAUCACAACAACCACAGGCCCCCCCACCACCAACCGUCAUCAUCGCCGGAGGCCCGUAUCAUCAACCACUACAAGCCGCCCCAAAAAGCACCAUCAGAAUCCCAGUCCAUACAGCGCAGAGCCCCUUAAAUCAAGCCACCAGGAAAGAAAAGAAAAAUAAAAGAAGGAGAGAAAAAGAAAAACAGCCAAAUAUGGCGGACCAGGCAUCCUCGUCGUCAACGACGACAACAACACCCAUAUCCCCGGCCCGCUUCGCCGCCGCCCUGAAAGACCUCUCGGCCGAGAACCUCGCGCUCAAGGUGUUUGAGCUGCGCAACUCGAUCGCCCACCUCGACUACUCGAACGCCGAGCUGCGGCCCUAUGCCGAGGGUUUGGUGCCCGUCAUGGGCGCUGGUUCUGCUGCUGCUGCCACUGACGCCACACAGACGACAUCACCAUCACAACAACAAGAAGGAGGAGGAGGAAUAGCGGCACAAGCACAGCAGGAAACAAAAGGCGACCAGGACUGCAUCGACGCCAUCGCCGAGAACGAGGUCGUCAUCGCCCGCAUGCUCGAGAGGAUAGACCUCAUCCGCGCAGAGGUCACCGGCCGGGGUCUCAGCUGGGACGAGUUGUCGGGGGUCAUGCCGGAGCGGGACGACCCAACUGUCGGGGUGGUGCCGCAGGGUCUUGGUGCGGUCGAUGAUAGCUCUGCUGGAGGUGGUAAUGAUGGCGGUGUGGUGAACGGAGUAAACGGCACAUCCGCGACGACGACGACGACGACGAAUGGUGAUCGGCAAGAGCAGCACGAGGCCUGGCGCGACGGGACGUUUACCACGGGCACGAUACGGUCUGGCGGUCCCGGCCUUAGUGACGAGGAGCUCUUGCGUAGAUUACAGGCCCAGACCCCCGGGCUGGGCGGUGAUGACGAUGAUGGAGACGAGGAUGGCGGCAUACAUCUGUGAAUGACGAGAGAGAGAGAGAGGGGGGGUGGGGGAAAAGAAAGGAAUUGCUCACAAAGGCACACGAAAAGAUGCUUAAGUCACGAGAAAAAUGUAUUUGCACAGACCCGGUCCAAGGCGACUGUAAUUAGUGGAAUAGUCAUCCAGAAAGGAGCGCACAUUGGCAUGACAGGCCAAAAAAAAAAAAAGAUUGUACUAGC